CAUUACUAAUUAGAUACCGGUUUCCACAAAACAUAUCGCCAGACGAGAGAACCAAUAUAUCUAUCUAUAUAAACUAGUAUAGUAACAGAAAGGAACGCCGCCGCCGCCGCCUCCUUCAUAUUUUGCCAUUUCUCUCGCUGCAGUUACCCUUGACGGGCCUGCAUCCAGAUUCCACACCACAAGCUCAUCCAUUUUCCUUCCUCUGCAGUAGUAGUAGUAGUCAUAUUUCCUCCUGCCUUUAUCAUCUGUUACAAAUUUCACACACAAGUUCGAAAAACUACAGAAAAAUUUGAUCUUGACAGAGCAAAAAGUACAAGGAUUCCUUUUUAAGUUCAGAUUUCCAUGCAAAUGGCCACUGAAAAUCCCUUAAUCAUCUCGGACAAGGAUAAGAUGAGACAGUGGUCAAGAAGCAUGAGAGCCCAAGGCAAGACAAUUGGAUUAGUCCCCACCAUGGGUUACCUUCAUGAAGGUCAUUUAUCCCUCAUUAGAGAUGCUCACAAGCACUCCCAGUCAGUUGUCGUUUCAAUAUAUGUGAACCCAGGUCAAUUCUCCCCAACUGAAGACCUUUCAACAUACCCUUCUGAUUUUCUUGGUGAUAUUGACAAGCUCAAGUCCAUUCCUGGUGGGGUCGAUGUUGUUUUCCACCCGCACAAUUUAUAUGAUUAUGGGGAUAAUAGUAAUGAUAGGAAUUGUUGGAAUGAUAGCGGAGAUCAACACGGGGGAGAAAGGGAAGGGAGAGAGGUUGUAUCUUGCGUGGAGGAUGGGGGAAUGGGGCAUGAAACCUGGGUUAGAGUCGAAAAAUUGGAAAAGCCAUUGUGUGGGAAGAGCAGGCCUGUUUGCUUUAGAGGGGUAGCUACAAUUGUUUCCAAGUUGUUUAAUAUUGUUGAGCCUGAUGUUGCUUUUUUUGGGAAGAAAGAUUAUCAGCAGUGGCGGAUUAUACAAAGAAUGGUUCGAGAUCUCGAUUUUGGGAUAAAAGUGAUUGGCUCUGACUUAGUGCGAGAACCUGAUGGCCUUGCAAUGAGCUCCCGUAAUGUGCGCCUUUCACCUGCUGAGAGGGACAAGGCGCUGUCCAUAAGUCGCUCGCUGACUGAAGCUAAAGUUGCAGCAGAAAAUGGACAAGUUAAUUGCAGAGAAUUAAUAAAUUCAGUGAUCCAGUCUGUACAAGAAGCCGGUGGAUUAAUUGAUUAUGCAGAGGUUGUAGACCAAGAAAGUCUGGAAGCAGUGGAAGAGAUUAAGGGACCAGCUGUCUUUUGCGUUGCAGCAUGGUUUGGAAAGGUCAGGCUGAUCGACAACAUGGAAAUCAGUCCAUAAGAACUGUUCACUUCACAGAGAUGUACCCAGAAGCCUGCUUGUGCAAUAGGAUGCCAAGUUUAGAAUAUAUUGACUCCAUGGUGCCGUUAUUUAAGCAGAGAGAAAAAUCACCAGAAAUUUAUGCAAUGUGUAUUUCUACUUAUCAGAAUUUUGGCUGUAUUGACUGCCAACCAGAAAGAGAGAGGGACAUAUCUGUUUCUGAACUUUUUGUCGAUAAUUACUUCAAAAAGAAUGAGAAUGAAUUCUAUUCUGAA